GAUCCCGCCCCCGCCGACGGACGACGAACACGAGUCGAUUGACGAGAGACAGCGGGGAAGACGGCGGCCGUCGCUCGCGUGCCCGCAAUAAUGCCGCACGUGAGCAGCAGCGGCGGCGGCGACGAUCUCGGCAGCGAAGACGAGGUCAAGGUCUUCAAGGAUGAGGGCGAGGAGGAGAAGAGAUCCUCGGAGAAUCUUACCGAGGACAAGAGCGACCUCAUCGACCUCACGGAGUCUGAGGAAAAGGGCACGCUCGCCGGUGGCACCUACGCGACGACGGGAAAAACGCCGACGAGAUCCGACCUCAGUCCCGUUUUCGGAAAGGUGGAUCCGACCCCGCACACCUCCUCGUUCAACAUGGGCUACCUCGUCUCACCAUACCCAUAUCCCAACGGAGCUGGAGGACCCAUCCCCGUUUCUAUGGUAAGCUCGAUCAUCUUUAGCAAUACCCAUUUUGACGCAAGUACGACGUAUGUAUACGUACGUACGAUGAAUUUUUCAAGCGUGCUGAUUGGCUGUAUAGAAGAUUUUUAGGGACUCGAUAACUUAUCUGUCCUGCAGCCAAGUAACAUGCUUGAAAAAUUUGUCGUAUGAUAAAUGUUGUAGUAGUCUUCUUAGAAUCGGACCGGAUCGAAACUGAAACCGAUAAUCAGACCGUUAUUUUAGUCGGACUAAAACCGAAAUUGAAAUAUUGUGCAAGCUAAUGGACUGGAACUGUAAUUGGACCGAAAACAUUUUUCCGCUUUUUUGAUCCAAUUUUUAAUUUUUGAUUUAGCAUUUUUUUUAAACAUUGUUAACUUUUUCGUUAAGAGCGUCUUCUCCGCCAAGACGCACCCGCUGUACGAGAUGCCGCGCCAAAAAUGUGUACAUUGCACGCGGACAAUUGUCAGCGGUCGGAUUUACAUCUUACUCCUAAAAGUUGCUUUGACGAUGCUUUUUGAAUAACAUUGAACAAUAAUAUUUAAUAAUAUUACUCUGUACUGUAUAAUAUUUGAAACACGGAUAGGGCACAUGGUACGGAUCGCGUCAUGCUGUUUGCAAAAUAGCGGGUGACUAUGGUCACUCAUCGUAUUUAAAGGGUUAAAUAUUAUUAAUUAUGAAAAAAGUACACGAAAAAAAUUGCUAUGUUUGUCAUAACAAUAUUCUCUAUGUUUCAAAAAGGAAUGUAUGUAAAUUUAAAUUACACUGAUAUUGCAUUCAGUUGUUUUAGAUAUGCGGUUCUUACAAGCUCUCAUAUAGUUCUCAUAAUAAAUAGCAUUCAGUUAGAAUAUUUUCAUAUAUGGUUGCCUCAACUAAAAGGAUUAUUGUUAUCUCUCUAAUGUAAUCUGCAGAAUAAAUAAUGUGGCUGAGAGAUCUAUAAGAUAUAGUUGCACAGCACAGUAUUGAUGAUUCUGUUUCAUUACGGUAAUAGAAUAGACAGCAGCAGUAAUUCGCAAAAAAUUUUCAUACAUAAAAUAAAUGCGUGUUAUUGUCAGCUUUCUUAUGUUAUUUAUCUCUUUGUCAGCGAAAUGUCCGUAGUAUGCCAGAUUAGUAGCAGCUAUGUCCGCAUUAAACUUGUGUUCUUCCGUCAGAGCCUGCCUAAACAUAACCUAAACCUAAACCUAAACCCAAA